GCGCGCGCGAGGAGCCAGCGAGGAGGAGUCAGCGCGCCUCUACUGCGCACGCUCCAACAGUUAAGAUCCGCACAGAUGAGCGCGUGCCUUCACCUCUGAAUGCUCUGCCAGAAUUUGAUCGAGAGAAAACCUGUUUCUAUGUAGCUCCUCAGAGCUCCGCGUCUAGUCGGAUAUGCGGAACUCUUCCUGAAUGCGGACAGGAUCUGCUGUUGGCUUCCUAACAGGUGUUCGCGGCGCGGCGCCCGCAGAGGGAUCAUGUCCAAUGGGAAAGACCCAAAUGCUGCGGAGAAUUCCUCUGAGAUGACCCUGAAAGCGAGUCUGGAUGAGUGCAUGGAGGCCCUGGAUCUCUUCCUUAACAACCACUUCAACGAGAGCCUGGAGAGGCUGCGGCCAAGAGUCCAGGAGAGCAUGUACCAUGCUCUGAUCUACGCCACGGUGCUGGAGAUGCAGGCCAUGAUGACCUUUCAGCACGACGACAUCACCAACGCGGGGGACACCAUGAAGAGCGCCCAGGAGGUCUGCCAGAGGUUUCGACGGAAAUCCCAGGGUUUGGCAAACAAAUCAGUCGGAGAGUCUCUUUCUGAAGGUAAAAGAUGCAGGAACUCCCAGCUGUCACAUGUUACUGAGGAAGAAUCAGAGAGUUCUGAGAUGAAUGACAUUAACACUUCGAUUCUAAAUCUGUUUCAAUCUCCUUCCCUUUUCUUCAGACAAGUACCGACCCUCAAGCAGAAGAUAGCAGGCAAGUCUCCUCCGACGGAAAAGUUUGCGAUCCGUAAAGCCCGACGCUACAAGUCUCCCAACCCGGUCAGGCUGCCGGUGCCGGUUCUGGAGAUGAUGUACAUGUGGAACGGCUUCAGCAUGAUCAGCAAGCGGCCAGAGCUGACCGAGGGGAUGAUGCAGACUCUGGUGGAGGCAGAGCGCACUCUGCUGGAAUCUCCCGAGCACGAAUACCUGGUCGACGACCGCUGCUUGAUCCACAUGCUGAAGGGUUUGUGCUUUAAGAACCAGGGGAUCCUGCAGGCUGCUGAGGAGUGCUUCAACAAGGUCUGCUCCAGUGAAAAGAAGAUUAAGUUUGAUCACUACCUGGUGCCCAACGCUCUGGUGGAGCUCAGUCUGCUUUACAUCGACCAAGGCAGGAGAGAUGCGGCUAUCAAGAUACUCCAUAAAGUCAAGCACAACUACAAGGACUACUCCAUGGAGUCCAGGACUCUGUUCAGGAUCCACGCUGCUCUGGCCAAACUCAAGGCGAACCCUGAGGAGGAAGACAGCCAGAUGUGACGGAAGAGACCAGACUGCUCGUUACGGACCGUUUUAACCCGUAGUGUACUUACAGCAAACCUGACUUUUACAUACGACAGACAGUCGGGUUCCAGUCAUGAAGGUGUUUUUUUGUGCGGUCACUGUGAUUUACAGAGGAGCGCUGCUCAGACAGACAGCAGCAGAGCUGGGAUUUUCACUACCUGUCACGGGCGAACACACACCUGAGUGUACAUAUGCAAGUUAUUUUAUUCAACGGAGAAGGUUUUACGGUUUAUAAUGACAAUGAAUCUUUACUAAUUGAGCUUAUUUUAGAGAAAUCAAAGGCAUUGUGAGGUUUAUUCAAACGUGUUGUUGUGCUGUGUUCUUCUUGAAGAGAAGGGAAGAAUCGGUGGGGAACUGUAAACUGCAGUAGCUACCAUUAAAGUGACUAUGUGUCAUUUUUAAUAGUGUGAUGCAUUGUGGGAAACUGUUGGUCACUGAUACACCUUAAUAAAAUCCACUGCAAACAUGU